CGCGCAGCCUGGACUCGGCGCCAUGUACGCCGUCUACAAGCAGGCGCACCCGCCCACCGGUCUGGAGUUCGCCAUGUACUGCAACUUCUUCAGCAACAGCGAGCGCAACCUCGUGGUGGCCGGCACCUCGCAGCUCUACGUUUACCGCCUCAACCGCGACGCCGAGUCAUCUGCAAAGAACACCGCUCAUGCAGAUGGGAGGACCCACCGUGAGCACCGCGAGAGGCUGGAGCUGGUGGCCUCUUUCUCCUUCUUUGGGAACGUCAUGUCCAUGGCCAGUGUGCAGCUGGCAGGGGCCAAGAGGGAUGCCCUGCUCCUGAGCUUCCAGGAUGCCAAGCUGUCAGUGGUGGAAUAUGACCCAGGGACCCAUGACCUGAAGACAUUGUCCCUGCACUACUUCGAGGAACCGGAGCUGCGGGACGGGUUUGUGCAGAAUGUUCACAGACCACGGGUGCGAGUGGACCCCGAUGGGCGCUGUGCUGUCAUGCUGACCUACGGCACGCGGCUUGUGGUGCUGCCCUUCCGCAGGGAAAGCCUGGCCGAGGACCACGAGGGACUCGUGGGUGAGGGGCAGCGGUCCAGUUUCCUGCCCAGCUAUAUCAUAGACGUGCGGGCACUGGAUGAGAAGCUGCUGAACAUCAUUGACCUGCAGUUCCUGCAUGGUUACUACGAACCCACCCUGCUCAUCCUGUUCGAGCCCAACCAGACCUGGCCCGGGAGGGUGGCCGUGCGGCAGGAUACGUGUUCCAUCGUGGCCAUCUCACUGAACAUCACACAGAAGGUCCACCCUGUCAUCUGGUCACUCACUAACCUGCCCUUUGACUGCACCCAGGCCCUGGCUGUGCCCAAGCCCAUAGGUGGGGUAGUGGUGUUUGCUGUCAACUCCCUGCUGUACCUGAACCAGAGUGUACCCCCCUACGGAGUGGCCCUCAACAGCCUCACGGUGGGCACCACAGCUUUCCCACUGCGCACACAGGAAGGCCUGCGGGUCACUCUGGACUGUGCUCAGGCUGCUUUCAUCUCUUACGACAAGAUGGUCAUCUCCCUCAAGGGCGGUGAGAUCUACGUGCUGACCCUCAUCACCGACGGCAUGCGCAGCGUCCGUGCCUUCCACUUCGACAAGGCCGCUGCCAGCGUCCUUACCACCAGUAUGGUCACCAUGGAGCCCGGGUACCUGUUUCUGGGCUCCCGACUGGGCAACUCCCUUCUGCUCAAGUACACGGAGAAGCUGCAGGAGCCCCCGGCCAGCACCGCCCGGGACACAGCCGACAAGGAAGAGCCGCCUGUGAAGAAGAAGCGGGUGGACGCUACAGCGGGCUGGUCAGGGGCCAAGUCGGCGCCUCAGGAUGAAGUGGACGAGAUCGAGGUCUACGGGAAUGAGGCGCAGUCAGGCACGCAGCUGGCUACCUACUCCUUUGAGGUGUGCGACAGUAUCCUCAACAUCGGGCCCUGUGCCAAUGCUGCCAUGGGCGAGCCCGCCUUCCUCUCCGAAGAGUUUCAGAACAGCCCUGAGCCAGACCUGGAGAUCGUGGUCUGCUCUGGCUACGGGAAGAACGGAGCUCUGUCAGUGCUGCAGAAGAGCAUCCGGCCCCAGGUGGUAACAACCUUUGAGCUACCAGGCUGCCAUGACCUGUGGACAGUCAUUGCCCCUGCUCGGAAGGAGGAGGAUGACGGUCCCCAAGGGGAGGGCGCCGAGCAGGAGCCCAGCACCCCUGAGGCUGAAGAAGAGGGGCGGAGACACGGCUUCCUGAUCCUAAGCCGGGAGGACUCCACCAUGGUCCUACAGACUGGCCAGGAGAUCAUGGAGCUAGACACCAGCGGCUUUGCCACGCAGGGCCCCACGGUGUUCGCCGGCAACAUUGGGGACAACCGCUAUAUCGUCCAAGUGUCCCCUCUGGGCAUCCGCCUGCUGGAAGGAGUGAACCAACUGCACUUCAUCCCUGUGGACCUGGGCUCCCCCAUCGUGCAGUGUGCAGUGGCCGAUCCCUACGUGGUCAUCAUGAGCGCUGAGGGCCACAUCACCAUGUUCCUGCUCAAGAGUGACUCGUAUGGGGGCCGCCACCACCGUCUGGCCCUGCACAAACCCCCGCUACACCACCAGUCCAAGGUGAUUGCCCUCUGUGUGUACCGGGAUGUCAGCGGCAUGUUCACCACCGAGAGCCGCCUGGGCGGGGCCCGAGAUGAGCUGGGGGCCCGUGGUGGCUUGGAGGCCGAGGGCCUGGGAUCUGAGACUAGCCCCACAGUGGAUGAGGAGGAGGAGAUGCUCUACGGGGACUCUGGCUCCCUCUUCAGCCCCUGUAAGGAGGAGGCUCGCAAGAGCAGCCAGCCUCCCGCCGACAGAGAGCCCAUACCCUUCCGCGCCGAGCCCACCCACUGGUGCCUGCUGGUGCGUGAGAACGGAGCCAUGGAGAUCUAUCAGCUCCCUGACUGGCGGCUGGUGUUCCUGGUCAAGAACUUCCCAGUGGGGCAGCGGGUGCUGGUGGACAGCUCCUUUGGACAGCCCACCUCUCAGGGCGAGGCCCGCAAGGAGGAGGUCACGCGACAGGGCGAGCUGCCUCUGGUCAAGGAGGUGUUGCUGGUGGCUCUGGGCAGCCGGCAGAGCCGACCCUACCUCCUGGUGCAUGUGGAUCAGGAACUGCUCAUCUAUGAAGCCUUCCCCCAUGAUUCUCAGCUUGGCCAGGCCAACCUCAAAGUUCGCUUCAAGAAGGUCCCCCACAACAUCACCUUCCGUGAGAAGCGUCCAAAGCCAUCUAAGAAGAAGGCAGAGGGAGGAGGGGCUGAGGAAGGGGCCACAUCCCGGGCCCGCGUGGCACGCUUCCGCUAUUUCGAGGACAUUUACGGCUACUCAGGGGUCUUCAUCUGUGGCCCUUCACCUCACUGGCUCCUGGUGACUGGCCGGGGGGCCCUGCGGCUGCACCCCAUGGCCAUCGACGGCCCUAUUGACUCUUUCGCCCCUUUCCACAACGUCAACUGCCCCCGAGGCUUCCUGUAUUUCAACAGACAGGGUGAGCUGCGUAUCAGUGUCCUGCCCGCCUACUUGUCCUACGAUGCCCCGUGGCCAGUCAGGAAGGUCCCGCUGCGCUGCACUGCCCACUAUGUGGCCUACCAUGUGGAGUCCAAGGUGUAUGCCGUCGCCACCAGCACCAACGCACCCUGCACCCGCAUCCCUCGCAUGACCGGCGAGGAGAAGGAGUUUGAAACCAUUGAGAGGGAUGACCGCUACAUCCACCCCCAGCAGGAAGCCUUCUCCAUCCAGCUCAUCUCCCCGGUCAGCUGGGAGACCAUCCCCAAUGCCAGGAUCGAGCUGGAGGAGUGGGAGCACGUGACAUGCAUGAAGACGGUGGCACUGCGGAGUGAGGAGACCGUGUCCGGCCUCAAAGGCUACGUGGCCGCAGGCACUUGCCUCAUGCAGGGCGAGGAGGUCACCUGCCGGGGGCGGAUCCUGAUCAUGGACGUGAUCGAGGUGGUGCCUGAGCCUGGCCAGCCCCUGACCAAGAACAAGUUUAAGGUCUUGUACGAGAAGGAGCAGAAGGGCCCCGUGACGGCCCUGUGCCACUGCAAUGGCCACCUGGUGUCUGCCAUCGGCCAGAAGAUUUUCCUGUGGAGCCUGCGGGCCAGCGAGCUGACGGGCAUGGCCUUCAUCGACACUCAGCUCUACAUCCACCAGAUGAUCAGCGUGAAGCACUUCAUCCUGGCCGCCGACGUCAUGAAAAGCAUCUCGCUGCUGCGCUACCAGGAGGAGAGCAAGACCCUCAGCCUGGUGUCUCGGGAUGCCAAGCCCCUCGAGGUGUACAGUGUGGACUUCAUGGUGGAUAAUGCCCAGCUGGGCUUCCUGGUGUCUGACCGUGACCGCAACCUCAUGGUAUACAUGUACCUGCCAGAAGCUAAAGAGAGUUUUGGAGGGAUGCGCCUGCUGCGCCGGGCGGACUUCCAUGUGGGCGCCCACGUGAACACCUUCUGGAGGACGCCCUGCCGGGGCGCCGCUGAGGGACCCACCAAAAAGUCUGUGGUGUGGGAGAACAAGCACAUCACGUGGUUCGCUACCCUGGAUGGCGGCAUUGGGCUGCUGCUGCCCAUGCAGGAGAAGACCUACCGCCGGCUGCUCAUGCUGCAGAACGCACUCACCACCAUGCUGCCCCACCACGCGGGUCUCAACCCUCGAGCCUUCCGCAUGCUACACGUGGACCGGCGUGUCCUGCAGAACGCGGUGCGCAAUGUGUUGGAUGGGGAGCUGCUGAACCGCUACCUCUACCUGAGCACCAUGGAGCGUGGGGAGCUAGCCAAGAAGAUUGGCACCACGCCAGACAUCAUCCUCGAUGAUCUCCUGGAGACGGACCGAGUCACUGCGCACUUCUAGCCUGUGGAGGUGCUGCCACCCCCAGCCCCCCUCCUCUUUUUGUACAAAACACAGGAAAUGAUUGGUUUUUGAAAA